AUGCCUCCAAAAUUUGAUCCAAAUGAGGUGAAGGUCAUCUACCUCCGUGCCACCGGUGGUGAAGUCGGUGCUUCUUCCGCUCUUGCCCCCAAGAUUGGUCCUCUCGGUCUUUCCCCAAAGAAAGUCGGUGAAGAUAUCGCCAAGGCCACCCAGGACUGGAAGGGUUUGAGAGUCACCUGCAAGCUCACCAUCCAGAACCGUCAAGCCGCCGUCUCCGUCGUCCCAACCGCCUCUUCCCUUGUCAUCAAGGCCCUCAAGGAGCCACCACGUGACCGAAAGAAGGAGAAGAACAUCAAGCACACCAAGUCCAUUCCUUUGGAUGAGAUCAUUGAGAUCGCCAGGGUCAUGAGACACAAGUCUUUGUCCAAGGAGUUGAAGGGAACUGUCAAGGAGAUUCUCGGAACUGCUUUCAGCGUCGGCUGCAAGGUCGAUGGCAAGAGCCCCAAGGAUGUCCAGGAGGAGAUUGACAACGGAGAGGUUGAGAUCCCAGAAGAGUAA